GUUCAGAAAUGUACUGUAAACAAACAAUGGCGGCCCCGGUCGAGACACCCAGCGUCGAGGUUCUGCAAGUAACCCUCAAUAAAGUACGGAGUCUACGCUCGAGUGUGACCAAUUUCUUCAGGGUAUUGGCCGAGGGACCGAAGGAGGAGAAUGAGGACGAGGACAAGGUGGAGAGCUCCUUGGGGGAGAGCUGCAUCAAGACUCUGGCCGAUAUCAAGAAUCAGCUGAGGGAUCUGGAAACUCAAGUAGUAGCCCUAAACACACCGACAAACCCAAUGAGUCUUGGCAACACUGGGCUCCUGUCUCUUGACCCAUCACCAGAUAAGCUCCCUCUCUACUAUCAGCUCUUAGAUUGUUAUACAUGGACAGAGAAGGUCCAUACAUACUCCACCAUGAUGCACUCACUCCUUGGUUCAAAUAAUCUCAAGAGAACUCACAUUGCCCUGUCACUGUCUGCCAAGAGAAGACAGUUUAAAGUGCAGUACAACCAUAAUGUAUCCCAACAACAAGUAGACACUGUGAUUCAGAGCAUCAAUCUAAUGUUCCAGGACAUGACGUUGAAUGUUUCUAGACCUUUUGGCAAUAAUGCAGUUAUACAGGUUACCUUAGGCAGAGUAUUAAGAGCUGUUGUGACAUUCAAAGGACUUCUGAUCGAGUGGGUUGUCGUAAGAGCGUAUAACGAGCCUCUUUUGGAUGAGGAUGGCAAGGUUGACCUUUACACUCCUUCACAGUAUAAGGUCUUUCAGAAAGUAACAGACAAUGCCAAUGCUGCAAUGCUCAAUUUCUGUUCUCCUGGCUUCUCAGACCUGUCUGUGCGGUCAUUUUUCACCUGGUUGCACAGCUUUGCAUCCUUGUUUACUGAUGUUUGCAAGAGAUGCGGCAACCACCUUCACAACCACAUGCCUCCUACCUGGCGCGAAUUCCGUACCCUCGACCCAUUCCAUGAGGAAUGCAAACCCUAGUAAUUUUGCGUAAUGAUUGCCUAAUUGCCAAGAAAUAUCUUUUCUUCUCCUUCCAUCUUUGUUUUCUAUUCUACCAGUAAAAAUCUUGGUAUUUAUUUUAUUAAAAUACUAUAAAAUACA